AUGUUACAAUCCCCUUCCCGCGGAGCCCCCUUUCUUCUCGGUCCACAGAGAAAAAAUGGAGGACUGGUGCCAACAGUUCAUCACGGAAGAAAGGACUCACUGAGCCGGGAUCGCUAA